GACAGCACUAGAGACCAGAGAGGACAACACUAGAGACCCAGAGAGAACAACACCCAGAGACCCAGGAAGGGCAUCCCAAGGAGGUGGUUGUUGGGCGUGGAGCACCACCAUGGUGAUCAGCGACCGGAACACCCCGGUCCCCAAGAAGGGCUCGACCCCGACGGAGGCCAGGAGGCGGCGGACGUCCCGGCCCCAAGGCCUGCCCUCCCCGGCGCUGUGCUGCGCCUGCGGCCUGUGCAUCAUGCUGGCGGGCAUGAACAUCACCCUGGUGGGGGCCUUCGCCUUCAGCACUCUGCUGCCGUCCGGGAACCCGCCCAUCAUCAUCGGCCCCAUCCUGCUGCUGGUGGCCUUCUCCUUCUUCGGGGCGUGCUGCGUGUGCAGCCGCCUGCCCCCCGCCCAGGGCUCGCUGCGGGCCAAGGUGGGCGGGGGCCGGGGGGCCGGGCUGAUGGGGGCCGGCGGGCUGACCGGCGGCGCCACCUUCGAGAUCGAGACAAGCGAGCACACGCUGCAGGACACCACGGCGGUGCAGCUCAGCCCCACCUCCUCGCCGGGCUCCUCCCCCCGCGCCUCCAGCCCCGCGGAGGGGGAGGGGCCGGCCGACUAUAAGGUGUUCACCACCGAGGCGGACGGAGGGGGGGUGUCGUCCGACGCCGUCGCCGCCGCCUUCUACUCGGCGGCGGCGACGGCGUCGGGGGGGGGGGAGGUGAGGCUCAACCUGCCGCGGGAGGAGGCGUCGUAGAGGACGGACGCGGGCCGCCUCAAGGGGGAGGAGCCGGGGGAGGCUUGGAAAUCGACGGGAAGCAGUUGGAGGGACGGUCUCUGCAGGACAACACAGGUGUUAUCAGCAUCAGCAUUCUUACUUAUGGGAUUUGUAUUUAUUUAUUCUUCCUUUAUGUCACAGUGUAGCACUAGCGUCAAGCUAUCUCAAUGAAACAUCUGAGUGUUUCGAUCUCUCUUGGUGUUGUUUUCUUUGAGCACUGUCCCCACAUGUCUAAGUAAGCCCUUCCAGCAGCAUGCAAUUGCAGAACGUGUCUUAAACCAUGCCAUGCAUUUCCCAUCGAUUGGCAAAAAAAACAAAACAAAGUCCCCAAGGGGAGUUCCAGGAGAACUGCUAGACGUAUGGCCUCGGACUACCCCGUUAAGUCACAUCGCCACUGAUUGGUUCAAAGAUUAGCUGCCAAGCCGCCGGUGAUGAAGACCUGAGCUGAAAGGCGUAGUGGUGACAUUUAGCUUUUUAGAUUUAGGAGGGAAGGGAGGAGGGGGGGUGCGAGUCGCAGACAGUGAAAAUAACAGAAUAGGGUCACUGGGAUCUCAAAGCAAUAUUACCCAACCAGACGUGAGCAUCGACAGAGAAGCUCGUAGCUGAAACCGAUGACAUUUAAAAGUUAUUCUCUUUAUGAACUCAUGCCAUGUGUCGUUCGAUGGGGGACAUUCGAUGUGUGUCCGAAUUCCUACAUAACACAAAUAGAUUGUGAAGCACGUUGUGGUGUGUGUAGGCUUACUAUGUUUUUGUUGUCACUGUGUCCAGGUUGGUCAUUGUGGAUUCCACUGUAUUUUCACUCAUGAAAGGCACACAUUUGAAUGUCACAUAACUAACUAUAUGUGCCACUUUUUGGAAUAUAUAUAUUGAUGAAGACAUUGUAGCAGUUGGUGCCACAGCCCAUGUGUUAUUCUGACCGACAGGGAGACAGAUUCCCCAUCUAUAGCUCACUGUGUGUUCUACCAUUGCCAAUCUAUGAAGUACAUCCCUUUGUCACGUGUGCAUGGUGUGUAUCUCGCUAAUGCCCCCGGUGUAGUCGGGAAAAACCCAAUGUUAAAGCCUUAGCACUGGGAAAUGGGCACAGCCAUCCACCCAUCCGUCCAUCCAUCAAUACAUAUCUGUGAGGAAGCAGAGCUUGAUUUGAGGGGGAGUGACAAGCAGGAGCUAAGUCCAAGACUAUACAGCAUGUGGGUGCCAAGCCAUGACAUCCAAUGCAGCGAUAGGAAGCCAGAUUCUGUGACUGAUGGCAUAUGCAGUAUCAGGACGCCUUUCUCUCGGAUGUUUCCUUAUCAGCUCAUAAGCCUGAUUGGCUAAGAAAAAAGACAUCCUAUGCCUGAUUUGCCUGUGAAAUGAAAAUUGCCUUAGAACUGAGAGAUCAGGAUAUCGAGGGCUAUAUUACCGGGUGUAAUGACAUUUUCACUCUCUGGCUCUGGUGUUUUCAGUCUUGCUGGGAUAAUGGCAGAUAUCGGAAGAUUAAUAUAAUGAUGGAGAAACAAUGCGAAAAGCAUGUAUUUUUUAAGCUCAGUAAUUGGACCAUUAGCUUUUGCCCAACACCAGUGUCCUACUUCUCCAGUGUAGGAGUGGGAAAUAUACAAUGAAACUGCAAUUUAUGACUUUGUAUGUCGUCCUGCUAUGCUUAAUGAUUUACUGUGUAUUUUGUGUAUAUUGUAUAUUUUAUUAUGUACAUCAAAGUGUCUGAAGAAACGACUGAAAGUUUCCAUAUUUUUGUGCAAAUUUCAAUUUGAAAAAAAAUAAGAAAAUAUUUCAAACAGUGUUAACCUUUUAAAAGAUCAAUAAAGCCUCUUACAGAUCAGCUGAUCAUUUGUGUCUGCAUGCAUACUUAAACACAUGCUAUUUUCCCAUCACAAACAUGGAAUGUAAUGUUAGGUUCAUAAUACUGGGCCGGACAUUAAAAAGUGCCUCCAUGAGCACUAAACAUAAAAAAAUAAGAAAAAUAAAGACUGAUCUGUAAUGGACCAAACAGUUAGACACAGGGCCACAGGUAAAAAAAAUAAAAUGCAUAUUUUCCUCAAGAGGUAGUAAAACCCGGGUUUCCCGCAGAAAAUGUGUUAGUUAAGGUGGUGUGGGUUGCUGUUUGACCGGGGGUGGGGGGGGGGGGGUUGCAUUCGUUUACAAGUGGACCAUUAAUACUUAUUUUCAUGCAUGCUGUCAGAAUGUUAGCCUGCAGCCUGAUCUAUACACAGAGAGUGAAUGAACUUUAGAUCAUUUUUAUUAUUUUUUAGAUUAUUAUUAUUUCCUUUCCUUUUUCCUCGUUUCACCUCUGACUUUUAGUCAUUUCUCUUUGAUCACCUCCAACCUUUCCUACCUCACUCCACCUCUUACCUUUCAUUCUUCCUCAGUUUCCAACUCUUACCUCCCUUUCUGAUACUACUCUCCCUCUCCACCUCUCCUUACUCGCAGUUACAAAUGCAUUUACUCUGAUUCUGGACAUUAACCAGCCUAUGUCCUUCACAUUGGUGUUAAUAUCCAAUUGCAAGUGGUUAUAAACAGGAUAAGGAAUGAGGAAAGAUAUGAAUACCUAAUUUAGAACACUAUGGACAAGAGGAUAUGUAAUAGUAGUAUACAUAUUUACACUAUCGUUGAGGUAUGUGCAGAAUGGACACUGCUAUUGGGGAGACUCCAGGUAGCCUCAACAGUUGACAUUGAGAGAUCCAAUGAGGAGCUAUCACUCUCCCGCAACAUAGUAUUCACGUGUCAACAGAAUCUCUUACAAAAUUCUUGAGAUGCAGACGACAUGAUCAGCUGCCAAUAUUUAUGUGGCUCCGUUGAAAGAGCUGUCAUGUGUUAUCGCUAACAAGUACUUUUACUUAUUAAUGUUAGAUGCCUCAAACAUUCAGCAAUAUAUUUGUUUAGUUAGUCUUAAUUCUGCAAAAAAGAAUUGCAAUCUUUGUGUGUCACUAUACAUACUAUGUUUUAUUACAAUGCUUUUAUGCUUAUGCACAAACUAAACAGAGUAUGCGUAGGUACGCGUACCACAGUUUGAGAAAUGCAUGCACACAUCAUUAGCAGGUGAGCCUGUUGCAUCAGCUGUGCAACAUUUCAAACUGAGCUUUCCAAAACAGUGAUCUGUGCUGUUGCAGAAGGCUGCAUGCCUUAUAGUGUUUUGACAUUUUAAGUAGAAACUGCCGUUGCACUGUUCAGUCCAAGGGUGUACAGGAAUAAAAGGUGGGAUUCACUGCUUGCCAGUCAAUGACUUCAAAAAUCACUACACUGAUCAAAGACCAUGCUCAAAGAGAACGCGAUCCCGUCCAUCUUUCCAUGGACCUUUAACAGUCCGAGGGAUUCAUCCAGGGAGACUGCCACAGAGCAAGCGCCCGGUGGAGAUAAGCUAGCCUAGCUAACUAAUGUAAAACUCAAACACGUUAUCAAGUACAAUCAUGCUUUAAAAGUAGACAUUCGUUGCUGGAUUCGGCCCGAAAAAUGUAAAAGGUACGAAAACUUGAUACUUUAUUACUAGGCGCUGUAAGGGUACUACAAAAUGGUAAAUAAGGUAGGUUCUGUUAAAGGAGCAGUGGAAACGGGUAUCUGUAUUAAAAGUGGGUCAUAUAUGUAGACGAAUAGUAACAAAAAAUUCUAAUUUGGUGCCUUCUUGACCCAGAAAAGGCACACAGUGGCUGUUUCCCAAAGUAAGCAUACUCAAAGGCCGCCCUUUUAAGGAUGCUACAUAAUAAAAUGCCGACAAGCACUGUUCCAAUGUUGAGAACACUCAGAAACUCGCAACCUUUUCACGUCCUUUAUUUUUGAGAAUUUCGAGAUUUUUCAUGGAUGCAUAGAUGGAUCCUCAACGAGCCAAAAUACCCACAAUCCUUUGUUUCCACACGCUGCGCUGGGAAUUUACAAAUUAGGUCUGCGAAGCAAUAGUUUUUGAACGUUUUUCAGAAAUAUUUUGUGCCGUAUUGCUUUUUAUAGAUUGGUCAGGUAAUUGCAAAAACCUGUAUGAUUUUUUUCAAACGUUUUUACAACGUAAUGAUAGGCUAUAUUUUGCAUUGAUUGAUUUGUUUUAAUAUGUAGUUAGCUGGUGUUUAAACAAACUACUAUUAAAAUAUUUACCACUGGAGCAGUAUUAAAGAUCGGAAGCAGAAGCGCUUCCACACUAGCAAGUCGUUCCAAACUCUGAACGCAAAACGCUAGGCAGCACUCUAGCCAGCACUCUAGCCUCAUCUCGCGACUAGCAAGGAAGUGUUCUAGCCAUGGACCUAUUAAAGAAUGGACAGCGGAUAUCAAAAUGGCGCCCAUUCAUUCCUAUGAAAACUGCUCAAUGGCGCAGGGGAACAUCAAGGAGAGAUUUGGUUCCGCAUCAUGGGCGCCUAUACACACCCUAGUCCGUGACGUACCGGAUGCAGAAAUAUUCGCGUUUUCUAGCAUUGUUAGCAUUGUAGCAUCCCGAACGAGCACACUCGCAUUGCUUACCGACGAAGAACACCACUGCCGGCGACUUUCAUUGGAUAGUGCUGCAAUUUGUCUUGCAGGACGCAGACAGACCCUAC